AUGACCACCACCCUGCCUGUGCGCCCUCCCGACAUGGUCUCCCAGGCGCAAACCACCGAUCACUCCACGCCGCACCAGAGUGCCGUGUCCGUGGUCUCGCGACAUUCUCACUCCGGUCGCCGGCAUCGAUCGGGGCGCUCGCAUCAUGGCGGCUCCCUGCACGCCGCCUCCUCAAACGACUUUCCGAUCUUCACCUACACCGGCGACACCGAGAUUGUCAUUCGCGUCGGCGCGCAGGAACGCCGUUAUCUCCUCCAUCGACUGAUCUUGGCGCAAUGCUCGGGCUUCUUCGAGGCAAGCACCAGCGAAGACUGGUCGCGCCAGACCGUGGUCGCGCCAUCCAAACCUGACGGGUCGGGUUCGUUGUCGCGCAUCAGCGAGGACGAUUCGUUGUCCAAUGGCUCGACGCUGGCGCAGUCGGAACAAGGCGCACUGGCUGUGCGGCCGAGCGAGAAGCGGCGCUGGCGAUAUGAAUUGGACUGGGACAAUCGUGCGGAGGACGAAGAGCCGAUUCUGGUGCAGAAGCAACCGAGUUAUGCCCCCAUGUUCAGCAGUGACCAAUCCACAUAUGUACCGACGAUGACCAAGCCGACCACCGGACAGGCGGGCUUCUUCCGAUCCAUGGCGAAUCUGACCGGAAUGCAGUCGGUAGCUCACUUGCCUAAGCAGGGGAGUGAAGAUCAUGGCCCGCCGGUCGACCAGUUGGUUCGUGACUACGACAACCUCUUCCGCCUAUUUUAUAAUCAUCCACCUCUCUUGAACAGUGUCAAUAUUGCCUCUGCCUACGCCGAAUGUAAGGCUCUGCUUGCAUUGGCGGAUAUGUACGACGCCUUGUCCGUCACGGGCCCCCGAGUAGAUCACCACCUUCUCGGAUUUGGCUCACGUCUGUUCAAACAAAUCGCCAAGUAUCCGCCUAGCUAUCUCAAGCUGGGCUAUCUGGCACGCAGCCGGGUGAUCUUCUCCGAAGCCCUGGUUCACGUCGUCGGCCAGUGGCCCGCCGCCUUACCGAAUUUGCGCAAUGCUUCCUAUGCGCCUCUCCCUAAUUCCGUCCUCGAUCUGAUCGAGGACAAAUACGAGGAUCUGGAAGACCUCAAGGCUCGCGUGGAGUCCAAGCUCUUCCGCCUGUCUCUGACCACCUCCCGCGGCGAACGUGUCGGCCCCUCAAAUGCAUACCUGGACUGGCUUGCCGUCUCCCUAUUCCGCCAGUGGCUCAUCGAGAACACCACUCCCCCACCGCCGCCUAUCCUCAAGAACUCCUCCAAUUCCAAUGGCACCGCCCCGCCGCCUGCGGUGCAAGGCUCCCAGACAGGCUCCUCUCGUCCCCCGACAGCGCCGGACCCGAGCGCCCGCGUGUACAAAUUGAUCGGUUCGUCACUUCCACAGGCAUACCUCUCCCACGACGAGAUCAAGCGCUUCCUCAAGCUCCAUCCGACCCCGUCCUCCGGCUCCCUGUACACCCGCGAGACCUUGAAACGCUUCGAGCGCAAGAUGGACGAGAUCAAACGGCUGGCCCGCGAGGUCGUGAAACCGCUCAUGCGCAACUUCCUCGAAUUGGAGCUGAAGAACACCGGCACUGACCAAGGCACCUCAAGUACCAACAACGGUACCGCGUCUCCCGGGUUGCCUUAUUUGACCUGUACCCGAGUCGAGGAGGCUGACUUGCCCUGGAACUAA